AUAGCAAGCCAAGAUCUGAAACCUCAAAAUUGGGAAAAAAAUCGUCAUCCCCAUUCCCAAUUGGCAAUUUUUUUAACUAAACCAUCAAACGACGUCGUGGCAAGUGUCAACUUUCAACUAGUUUCUCUCUCCUCUCUUCUUGGCUUUUGUUUUGCUCCCAGAAACUGCAAACCACCAGCGCAUGACCGCCAUUAUUGCAUUUUCCGAACUCUUCUAAAUUUUCGCACCAAAAUUUUAUAAAGUUCAACGAUAGAAGAAAAGAUAAUCAAAUCCCUCCCUUUUUAUUUAUCAUUAUUCAGGUAUCUUAAUUGUUUGUAUUGUUAAAAAUACUAAAUUGGUGAGUGAACAAAGAUUAUGACUACUGCAGAAGCUCUGCUUUCUGGGUCUGCACUUUGGAAUCCUACUUUUCAGUCUGAUCUUUUCCUCAAACCCAAAUUAACUCAUUCAGGUGUUUUAUCAUGUACUAGAAGGCUAAAGGGUUUAAGGGGGAAGAGAAAUAAAUGGGAAAUCGACUGUCGUCGAAAGAUAUAUCCUGUUCCUCCUUGUAGAACUAGAGUUAAAAGGCUUGGUUGUUUGAGUUCAGAUGGUUUAAAUGGACCCUUGUUUUCUGGUGAGAGUGAGAAGUUGAAUCCGAGUUCAGCUGAUGUAAAUGCCAAAACACAUGUUAGUGAACUCAUAGCCAGUGAAAAGUUAGCUGCUGCUGCUGCGAAAAGUGAGAAAGCAUUGAGGGUGAAAGCGGAUUCAUUAGAGGAUGAGGCGUGGGAGCUACUUAAUGAAUCCAUUGUAAAUUACUGUGGUAGUCCUGUGGGAACUAUUGCUGCUAAUGAUCCAACUUCCACUAGUAUUCUGAACUAUGAUCAGGUGUUUAUCCGUGAUUUUGUACCUUCUGCAAUUGCUUUCCUUCUGAAGGAUGACUAUGAUAUUGUGCGGAACUUUCUCCUUAACACCCUCCAGUUGCAGAGCUGGGAGAAAACCAUGGAUUGCCACAGUCCAGGUCAAGGGUUGAUGCCAGCCAGUUUUAAAGUGCGAACUGUUCCCCUAGAUGGCGAUGAUUCUGCCACUGAGGAGGUACUAGAUCCUGACUUUGGUGAGGCAGCAAUAGGCCGUGUUGCUCCUGUUGACUCUGGGCUUUGGUGGAUUAUACUGCUGCGGGCUUAUGGUAAAUGCUCUGGAGAUCUGUCUUUGCAGGAAAGGGUAGAUGUUCAGACUGGGAUGAAAAUGAUUUUGAAGCUAUGUCUUGCUGAUGGUUUUGACAUGUUUCCAACUCUACUGGUGACUGAUGGCUCCUGCAUGAUUGAUCGUCGAAUGGGAAUUCACGGCCAUCCCCUUGAAAUUCAGGCAUUGUUUCAUUCAGCAUUGCGCUGUGCACGUGAAAUGCUCACUCCUGAAGAUGGGUCAGCUGAUCUGAUAAGAGCACUUAACAGUCGACUGCUUGCGCUAUCAUUCCACAUCCGGGAGUACUAUUGGCUUGAUAUGAGGAAACUCAACGAAAUUUACCGUUACAAGACUGAAGAAUACUCUUUUGAUGCUGUAAACAAAUUCAAUAUCUACCCUGAUCAAAUCCCACCGUGGUUAGUAGAUUGGAUGCCUGAGAAAGGUGGGUAUCUCAUAGGAAACCUGCAACCUGCUCACAUGGAUUUCAGAUUUUUCUCUCUCGGAAAUUUCUGGUCUAUAGUAAGUAGUCUAGCAACAUCAGGUCAGUCACAUGCCAUAUUAGAUCUGUUUGAAGCGAAGUGGGUUGAUCUAGUGGCAGAUAUGCCUAUUAAGAUUUGUUACCCUGCCCUUGAAGACCAAGAGUGGCGAAUUGUCACAGGCGGUGAUCCAAAGAACACCCCUUGGUCUUAUCACAAUGCAGGUUCAUGGCCUACUUUGCUCUGGCAGCUCACUGUGGCAUGCAUAAAGAUGAACAGACCAGAGAUUGCAGAGAAAGCUGUAAAAGUUGCAGAGCGACGUAUAUCAAAAGAUAGAUGGCCUGAAUAUUAUGACACAAAGGGAGCAAGGUUUAUUGGUAAACAGUCACACUUGUUUCAGACGUGGUCUAUCGCGGGUUACCUAGUGGCCAAACUCCUCCUUGCCAACCCUGAGAAGGCAAAGAUUCUUAUUAAUGAAGAGGACUCAGAGCUUGUUAAUGCUUUCUCUUCUCUUAUUCCACGAGGUAGGAAACGUUCUAGAAAAGGAGUGGGAGUAAAACAAAGUUACAUUAUAUGAGUUGUUUAAGGUAUGUCAUCUCAAGCCUACCACAAACUCGCCUUUCACUUGAUGAAGCAGCCGCGUACCACCGCUACCAGUUCAAGUGCUAUAACCAGAACUAGUGGUAUCCAUUGAAAGAUAUCAUUUGUGCAACUUCAAUUUUUUAGGAAUUGGUAUGUAUGACUUGAUCUUGAUAUGGAGUUCGUGACCUUUGCUUUCCUGAAGCAGAUAUACACCUCUGUUGUACAUAUCAUGUUGUAAACUUUGACUCAUAUCUUGAUCCUUCAUUUGAUUAGUGUUACAUCAGGAGUGGGCACUCGUUGCUGGUAAAUUUUGCUUCCUGUUAACUGACUGCCUUGUAAAUUAUGCGGAGGAAGACUGUUCUAAGUUGAUAAUUAGAUGACUCCAUCAUAAUUAUGAUGGCAUUAGUAUCUUCA